AUGUUCUGUGUCUGGUCAGGUGACUACAGGGCAGGGGAUGUGCUUGGAGGCAAGUACACUGUGCUGGAGGUCAUGGGGAGAGGCAGCAAUGGAGUCACCUACAAGGCUGAGGGCCCGGACGGGAAGACAGUGGCGGUGAAGGCGCUGUCACUGCGCCGCAUGACAGACUGGAAGCAGCUGGAGCUCUUUGAGCGCGAGGCACAGACGCUAGAAACUCUGAAGCAUCCUGGAAUCCCCCGCUACAUCGACUACCUGUCCGAAGACACCGAGAAGGACCGCGGAUUCUUUUUGGUCCAGGAGUUGGCGGAGGGGCGUUCCCUGGCGCAGCUGAUGGAUGAUGGCUGGCGCGCUGACGAGGCGGAGGUGACCAGGAUUGGCAUCCAGCUGCUGGAAAUCCUAGAAUACCUUGGCAGCCGCAGGCCAUCAGUCACCCACAGGGAUGUGAAGGCGGAGAAUGUGGUGUUAGAGGGAGGCAAAGCAGGAGGCCGGUUAUUUCUGGUGGAUUUCGGCGGAGUGCAGGCGGCAGCAGCCGGUGAUGCGCUGGCUACGGGCUCUACGGUCAUCGGCACUUACGGGUACAUGGCUCCCGAGCAGUUCCGCGGCGCCGCGUCCCCGGCCUCUGACCUCUACGGCCUUGGGGGAACCCUUCUCUUCCUGCUGUCAGGCAAGCCGCCGAGCGCAUUCCCACAGGACCGCCUUCGGCUGGACUUCAGGUCAAGCCUGGAGGUUGGGGAUGCCCUGGCAGCAGUGCUGGAAGGCCUGUUGGAGCCUCUUGUGGAGGACAGGAUGCCGGCGAGUGACGCUCUGAAGAUCCUGAAGGGAGAGACAUCUCCGGCAGCAGUUUCCAGGUCGGGGGGCGACCCGCCGGGCGCGCGCAGCCGCGUCACUUCUCGAGGGACCACACUCGAGAUCGACAUUCCGCGGGGGCCGCUGCUGAGCACCGAGCGGCUGGGCACGGCCUCUUUUGCGCUCGUGUGGAAUGGCACCACUGCUGUCUGGACUCUGUCCGCGCUUGCCGCCGGAUCCGUCAUCGGCGCAGCAUUUUCGCUCCCGUUCUGGUUUGCAGGGUAUCAAGUGGCCAGAGAUGCAUUUGGGGGCGCCUUCAGCUCGGAAAACCUCGACAUUGGUGCCAAGCGGUGGCGACUGAACAGAGGAAAAGCACAUGACUCUGGUAAGGAGAGGAGCGGGAAGACGGCGGACCUCAAAGGUGCAAAGGUGACGGUGACUGGGUAUGUCAAUGGGGAGCCCAGGACGCAGCUGGAGCUUCUGGAGGGCUUCAGAAAGGUCCCCUUUGGAUUGGGCUUGAGCAGCGAGGAGCAACUCUGGCUAGCGCAGACAAUUAACAGUCACGUGGAGCGACUAACCGGCAACAAACCGCCGGAGCAGCCGCAGCCGCGCGCGCUGACAAGGCGGCGGCGCAUGAAUGACGUCACUGAUCUUGGGGGGCCCAUGGUGGGGGGACCGGGGGUCUUUGGUGGCAGAGUUUGGGGGGGUCCCUCCAGCCUGGACAACCCUUCCUUCUGGGAUGACAGCAUGGACGAUGAUGAUUAG